AUGAAGUUGGGCACCCUGCGACUCCCGUCACAUGACCUUGGCCCCCGAGCUGUGCGGUCUAUGCUGUUCCGCCGCCUCUCUUCCUUUGAUCGUGGCACGUCUUCAGUCCUUGCAGGCCUGUCCUCUGUGACAGCGCGCAUCUUUUGCUUCGCGCCUCAAUGCGCUGGAGAAGCAGCAGGAUCUGGGAACCGGCUUUGCUUAGUCUGGCGUUCGUCAAAUGACUUGACCGUGGCAUGUCACAACUUGGAGGAGUUGGCGCGGCUGCUUGAGACCACAUCUGAGGCAGUUCAGGACCUUCAUACUGGGUUGCGGGAGAACAUCAGCAUUGUGAAAGAUAACAUGAAGAGUCUCGAAGACAAGAUUGCGCAGGCAAUGGCGAGCUGA